GGCUCUUGUUGUGAGAAGGGAGAUGGACCUAAAUAUCAAAUUAGAGUCAGCAGAUGCAGUUAGGAAUGCCAUUGACAAUUCUGAUUCUAGGAUUGAAGAACUAGAACUUCAGCUGCAGAAGUGUGUAAUUGCAAAAAAUGACUUUGAGAUAAACAUGGAAGAAGCUGUCCAGGAUUCAGGAAGAAAGGACAUUAUAGCAGAGUUUCGUGUGAUGGCCUCAUCUUUGUGUAAAGAAAUGGGAAUGGUGGAAACUCAGUUGAAGCGGUGGAAGGAAACAGCUCAUGAAACACUUUGUUUACGUGACAAAGCCCAAUCAUUGAAAGCUUCAUUAAGUACAAAGGUCUACUUCCAUUCCCAGUUAACUCUCUCAUACUCAUAUCAGUUGCUUCAACUUAUUAGUUGUAACUUGUAUGGCAAGACAAGCCUGUGA